AUGAGUAGAUUGAUACAACGUAUGCAGGAUCAACCAAAUGAUAAUAUAUCCUCAUUAAGAAAAGCAUUUAUACGGCCGUCAGAAAGUCGAUCAGGUAGUAAUACCAGUGGUCCAAAAGUACCAAGAAUAGAAAUUAGUAGUAAGUUAUCAGAUGGAGCGUCGAUCUCAAGAUUUGAACCAAUGCAAGCGGAUAUCAUACAAGAUAGAGAAAGGAGACAUGCACAUCAUAAGAGAGCAAGGGCAGGUAACCCUGAUUAUACAUCUGCAACUACAGGUACUUUCAGCGAUUGUAUGUUUGAUAUAAGAGACUCAAAGGGGAUAGCAUCAGGUAAUCAAAAUAGUAGAAGCGAUAGUGGUGUUGUUGAUGGCAAGGUAAGUGGUGGUGGUAAUGGUUCGAAUACUCGUGGCGUAUUGUCACAUGGUAGUGCUAAUGGAGAUGUGUUAACUCAAGAUGUCGAUAUCAGUGAUAUUUCUUUGGGAAACUAUGUAUUUAGGCAUCGUCCAAUAGUUAUUUCUGGUGAAAAUAAUAGUGAUCUACCCACCAGUAGACUUGGUUCUUCUUUGAAUAAAAAAAUACAUAGACAUCGAAAGUCUAGAGCAGAAGAUAAUCCACGAUCUGCUUCAUUCAACAAUGAUAAGAAAAGAUUAGUAAAUGAGUUCUUAGAAUCUAUGGUACCCCCUACGGCAUCGACUACAAAUAUGUCUAACAUUUUAUUCCCAUCAAAUAAUUCAACUUCAACGACGAAUGCUGCUGGUAAAAUUAAUAUGAGUGAAAUUACACCAGUGUACACAGAUGAUUCUGAUAAGUCUUUACAAAGUCUACUAUAUCAUGAUUUAGAAUUAUCACCUUCAAGAAAUGAAAAUAGGUCACCUUCUCCCCAGAGAUUAUCUCCUGUGUCAAGAUUAUCAUCAGAUACCACAGGAACAGAUUCUUCUGAUGAUAGUGAUACGUCAUCAUUUUCGAGUGUGUCCUCCUUUCAAUCGUUAAGUAAUAGAAAUGUGUCUGCUCAAAAUACGUCUAGUUUGUUACUUGAUUACGAAGAUGCUGAUUAUUAUCAACAUCAUAUUGCAUAUGUCUUGAAUAAUGUUGAAACAACAAUGAAAGUUAAUCUGCGUGAAAGUGCAUUGAAGAGAGAGAGUGAAUUCCAAAGAAGUUUAAAGGAUUUUGAUACAGUACAUUCAGAAUUGGAGGCUCUGAAAAAUCGUGUUAUUAGAUUAAAAGAUAUUGUCAGUAAUAAAUAUCUCAUCGAGUUAGAAAGAGAUUUUGAAGAAUCUGAUCCAACAUCAUAUCAUUCAAAAUUGAAACUAUCUGUUGGGGCGAGUGUUGCGGAACUGGAGUCCUUAGAAGAGAGAAUGAAGAAUUGCAAAGAAAAUCUAGAUCGACAGAAGGAAGUAGUUAAAAGAAUGGAUAGACUGUUGUUCGUCGAGAACUCAUUGAUAACAUCAAGAGAGAGCAUGAGUAUAUUUUCAAAAUACAAGUAUAUUAUUUAUGACUUUGUGACUGCCAUUAUAAUAAUCGUAUUGGCAAUUUUCAUUAAUUCACAAUUAGAUAAAUCGGUUCCAUUGUCUAAUUCUAUUCAAGAUGCAAAUCGAACCAUGUAA